UCCACAAUCUCUGUGAAUGUUUUAUUUGAGGGCUUCAGAGGGGCAGUCAGAUCUCUUAGCAAACUGUACGUUUUUGGGCCAAUUAAACUCAACAACGCUGGUACUCUCUUGUUAUCAGCAAUGUCGUUUGCAAUGAAGUACUGUUCCAGUCGUUCAAUGUAAGUUGCCCAGUUUUCUUGCGUGUCAUCAAACACAUCUAUUUUCCCGAUGCUAGCCAUUCUCUUUACCUCGGGCUCCACGGGUCUUUGAUCUGCCGCCUCGUUCUCGUUAGCUCUCCCCUCGUCGUCACUGCUUGCUAGCUGUUGUGCUACAGGGUCAAAAUCUUCCUCUCUUCCUAUGAGCUCCAUCUGCAUUCGUGAUGCACACUGCAGGUGAUGAGGAUCUCUACCUCCAGCAAGCUGUUGUGUUUAUUGAGGACGCCAUACAGUACCGAUCCAUCAAUCAUAGAGUGGAUACAAACUCAUUACGUCUGUACAGGUGGUACUACUCCAGGUUAUGGCAAUGGGGGCUGGGCCUGACUAUUGCGGUCGUCUUGAUGCUGGCUUUCAUCGAGAGGCCCUCGUCCUUCUCCUACACAUCAGACCCUCGCUUCAGACCUCCCCCCUGGGAGCCCCCCUGUGGCCUGACAGAGGGCAUAGAGAUAGUCUGCCUCGUCAUCUUUGCCAUUGACUUCGCUACCAAGAGCUACUUGAUUGGUUGGGAAGAGUUUCAGAAGCGCAAGUGGUUGAUGGUCUACAUCUUGGCCGUCUCAGCGUCUGUAAUUGAUUGGGCGUUGACGUUGAGUAUGUAUUGUGAUCAGAACUUACGAGUUAGGAGACUCAUUCGGCCAUUCUUCCUCCUUCAAAACUCCACCCUGAUGAAGAAAACCCUAAAGUGCAUCAAGAGGACCCUCCCAGAGAUAGCCAGUGUUAUCCUGCUCCUGGCUCUCCACCUCUGCCUCUUCACCAUGAUUGGCAUGCUGCUCUUUGCCAAAGGAGAGAAGCCUAAGCAAAAUGGGGAGUGGGAGGCCUACUUCAGAGACUUGCCCACAUCUCUCUCCUCUCUCUUGGUGCUCCUCACUACAGCCAAUAACCCUGAUGUGAUGAUUCCGGCCUAUUCCUUAAACCGAGGAUACUCCAUCUUCUUCAUUCUCUUCAGUGGUUUUGGAAGCUACUUCUUGAUGAACUUGCUAACUGCCAUUGUUUACAACCAGUUCAGGGGAUACCUGCUGAUGUCUGUCCAGGCAUCCAUCCUAAGGAGGAGACUGGGCGUCAGAGCUGCCUUUGAGGUCAUGUCCUGCCAGGGGCGGGGUCAGGACGCUACACACUCAGAGGAGAAUGUAGAGCGUGUGCGGGUGGAUGCCUCUUUGCAGGUCAUGGCGAGGGUACAAAUGAAGUCCUACUACAGACAAGCCAUCAUCAAGAGAGUGCAGCAGUUGUCAGAUGGCUUUAUCCAGUGGGAAGCCUUCCGGAGGCUUUUUGACGAGCUGGACAAGGACCGCAUCAAAGAGCACCCUCCAAAGCCAGAGUACAACUCCUCACUCCUCCAGAGGCUUCAGUUGGUUUUCAGCCACUACUAUGUUACGGUAGUGGGCAACGCCGUGGCCCUGACUAAUGUCAUGUGCAUCUGUACCAUACUGGUGCUUGACUCCGAGAAGUCCAUUGCAGAGCGGGAUGACUACUGCAUGGAAGUUAUUAACUGUUUCUUUAUUCUAUACUACCUGAUGGAGAUGAGUCUUAAGAUAUUAGCCUUUGGGUGGAGAGGCUACUUGUCAUACAGAAACAAUAUAUUUGAUGGACUUCUCACAGUUUGCCUUCUGGUCCUUCAGAUCACCAUUUUUGCCACCUACAGGCUUCCGUUUCCUAAAUGGAACCCAGCGUUGCCUGGUCUGAUGUCUCUGUGGGAGAUGGUGCGUCUGGUCAACAUGCUCAUCGUCGUCCGUUUCCUCCGAAUCAUCCCUGAUAUCAAGCUGAUGUCCCUCAUAGCAAGUACUUUGGUUGACCUGGUGAAAAACCUCAGAGCUUUUGCAGGAAUACUAGUGGUGGUGUUCUAUGUGUUUGCUGUCCUUGGCAUCUGGCUGUUCCAGGGAGCCAUCACAGCUCCAGGGCAGAUGAGUGUGAUGUCCAAUUCCAGUAUGAAGAACAUCACCGUGGAGUGUGGUUCCUACGAGCAGCUGGGCUACUGGCCAAACAACUUUGACGACUUUGCUUCUUCCCUCGUCCUCCUUUACAAUGUCAUGGUGGUGAAUAACUGGCAAGUGUUCAUGGAUGCCUACACCAGAUACACCACAGAGUGGUCCAAGGUCUACUUUGUCUCCUGGUGGCUUACCUCCUCUGUCAUGUGGGUCAACUUGUUUGUGGCUCUCAUCUUGGAGAACUUCAUCUAUAAGUGGGACCGGAGUGUCAUGUGUUCAGUGGCGGACGUUGAGCGAACAGGUUAUGAGACUACCGUCCAGCUCAUGUUCAGAGAACAAAUUCAGGAGCCUACAGAGGAGGAACUGGUCACCCAACUCCACCAGCACCCUCACCUGCAUCUCAGCUGAUGACCCUUCACCCCUCACACACACCAUUGGGACCCUAUGUCCGACCAGGCUUGUACAGUAGCAAUCCAAAAUAAACAGGGCCUUUACUGGCGAUCACGUAUGUCUGUGUGAAUGGCAGGGGCACAAAAGGGACAAUAUUGUUAGGGAUCUCUCAAUUCUGAUUAGUCCUAUGUUGUCACAUGUUGUAUGUUUAUGCACUCAAACCACUAGACAACUGCCUCACUCCCUGCAUCUGUUACUUUAAAAGUGAGUUUGAAAGAUUAAGUUGCUAAAUGUUUUGUUCAUGUUAAGACUGUUAUUAUUAUUAUUAUUUUUACCUUCAUUUAACUAGGCAGUCAGUUAAGAACAAAUUCUUAUUUUACAAUGACGGCCCACCCCGGCCAAACC